UUGUUUUUGUUUUUGCUGUCGGCGUUUGUUUGCUUUGUUUUUGGGUCCGAUUAUUUAACCAAAUAAUGAUUUUAUUAAAUAGAAGCUCAUCUAUAAGACACUUACUGCGGCAUUGCCAUCGCCAGGUAAUUGCAGCCAGAAACAAGGAUAAUCUAACAGAUUUCCAUGGCAAAUGGCCAGAGAAGGAGCAGCAGAAUUUCAUUAAGGACAUGCGCGUCAUCACGGAUUUCAUAAGCGAGGCAGAGGAGCAACAAUUACACGAGGAAAUUGAACCAUAUAUGAGUCGAUUGCGCUACGAAUUUGAUCAUUGGGAUGAUGCCAUCCAUGGUUUUCGUGAGACAGAGCGUAAGAAAUGGUAUCCACACAAUCGCGAUAUACUCGAACGUGUACGUGAUAUAGCCUUCCAAGGCUCCAUAAUGCCCUAUGUACAUAUUUUGGAUUUAGCUCCCGAUGGCGUCAUUAAGCCCCAUGUGGACAGCACUCGUUAUUGUGGCACUACCAUUGCGGGAAUUAGUUUAUUGAGCGACAGUGUCAUGCGUCUGGUGCGCACGGAUGCCCAAAAGUAUGAACAAGGUGACAGUUUGAACAAAGCUGGCGAAUCCAAUGAAAAUGCAGCAACAGCAGCGGCUGAGACUGAGGCUUAUCGCCAUCAACCGGCUGCCUUGAAAGAUGACAACUUUUAUGCGGAUCUGCUGUUGCCACGUCGUUCGCUCUACAUAAUGAGUCACACGGCCCGCUACAAUUUCACGCACGAAAUAUUGGCCAAGGAGGAAUCCAAAUUUCUAAAUGCCCCCAUAGAGAAGACACGUCGCAUUUCCAUUAUAUGCCGCAAUGAGCCAUAACCCAUUUAAGUUAAAGCCAUAUUGCCAAAAACAUAUUAGUUCUGCUUUCUGUUGAUUUGCCAAUUCGGCGCAUUCUUUUUCUAGUCCAAUUCCAUAUGAAAUAGUUAUAAACUAUUCGCAUAUCCUUACGUUUAAGCACAUAAAAUUUAGUAAGCUUUUGGCUUAAAAGAUUCUUUAUUAUAUAAAUAAAAUCUUUACUUGUUUUUGAUUGAAAAUAA